ACUAUCGAAAGGCACUCAGCACUUGUCUGGAAGCGCUGUAUGACUUGCUCCUUGGCGGACACAAUGUCGUGUCCGUCGUCUUGCAUUAAUCUCGACGCGGGCUACUCGAAAAGUAACAGUAAGAGGGAAAAGACGAAGUCAAAAGCCGAAGGGUCGGAAUACAAACCAAGAAGUGACGAAGAAGAUGAAACUUCUUCAUCUCCCCAAGACAGCCCUGAUCAUAAAUCCCCUUCUCAAUCCCCUGCAGCGUCGGACAGGCAGCGAAGCGGUGUGAACAACGACACGACUGUAGAUGGUGGAGCGAACAACAGCCGAGGGGCUACUCCUGCUGGUUCGACCAGCCGGAAAAAGAAGCGUUCGGCAUCGGUUGACAGUCCUAGUCAUAGGCGCAAAGCAGCUAGAAAACGACCCGAAGGUGGUGUUUUCAGCACGCGUGAACGCGAGAACAACAUGCUGAGAGACGCUAGCUCUGGCAUGUUUAGCCUGUCUCCAUCACAAGGCACUUCCUCACCUAGUUCGUCCUGUAAUUCACCGUCCUCUGUGGAAGAUGACCGGAACAACUUGACGUUUGCGAAAGGAGAUAAGAGCAGGACCUCCACACCUUCCCGCACGACAAGAGUAUUACGGCAAAAUCAGCCAAAGGACGUUGCCUCGAGGAUGCCAAGAAACAAGAAGAUGGACAAUCAGAAAGGGACAAUACAUAAACGGGCUUGCGAGGAAAACGUCAAGAGUGGCUGGCUGAAGUCUCUUUUAGACCCUUUUUGGUGUUCCUGGGACAAUGACGGCCCAACGGGAAGAGCACCCAGCCAGUAUGGACGAUUUGCUCAUGACGAAUCUGGAAACGCUAUUCUAUUCGCCUCUUCCUCCUUUAGUGCAACUUCGCCCUCUCUGUAAUUUGUACUUCUGAGUUUGAUUUAUCGCACUCUUUAUACUACAGUGUAGUCAGGAGAGCUUUGUUUUAUCUGCCAUUUCAUAUACGACAGUCGUGUCCUUUCACAACAUAAGUACCCAUGAUUUGAUAACUCGCACAAGUGUUACGUGUGACCGGCAUGUCGUUGUUCCAAGAACGGACGAUGAUUACAUUCAAGACCGAGACGACAACGUUUACAUUAUUCAUUGUCCUAAGGACAGCACGCAAAAGAAC